AUCUUGUAUAAAUUGGCGAGCCAGACCAAACUGAAGGCACACUUGAUAACCUGCAGUCCAGCUUUAAGCAAGUACAUUUUUAUAAAAGAAAAACUAGAGUAAAAAUCUGUUUGAAAUGCAGUACAGACAACUGAUCUUUCAACUGAUGGCCUGCUUAGCCACCUUUGAGCUGGUGCUUGGUUAUCCCCAGGAACGUGACUCCCAGGCAGAGCAAAACCAAAGACUGGAGGCAAAAGAUCAAGCCAUCACAUCCAGUGAAGCCCUGGAAAAUCUCUACAGCAAUGUGAGAACUCUGAGCAGAUUGAGGAGAGCUCUGGAUGAGCUGGCCUAUGAGGAGGCAGCCGAUGACUUGGAGCUGGCCGAGAUCAAUGUAUUUCGUCCCCUGUUCCGCUAUCGAUCCCAGGUGGCCAGACAGGUGCCUAAUCCCCAGCAGCAGCAGCAGUUUGGCUAAUAUAUAAUAUAACACAAUAAUUUAAUUUAU